CAUACCGAAAAUUGCACCUACGUUUUACAGUAUUAAGAAAUGCACGAGUACAUCACCAUGCAUGUGAAAUUUGAAUGGCCAAUGCAUGCAAUGCUUUCGUGUUGCGAAUAAACGGUUUUAUUUCAGGAGCUCAAGAGAAGACGUUAAGUCUAUAUAGUUACCAUAUUCAUAAUCUUCUCGUUUAGAAAACCAAUUUUAACGUGGAAACGCGAUGAUCAAUCCGAUGUUAUUAAUUUUACGAUGGUUUGACAAAGACAUAUUUCACAGUUUGACGUGCUGUGGGAAUUUGUAUUCCAUUGUAUGAAAUGUUUUUGUGCGUGAUGUGCUGUCUAUGAUUCAGCACGCAAUCGGACUCAAUUAUAAUCAACAACGAGCAAAAAAUCAACAACAAAAGACAGAAUACAGCCCUGACAACUAGAAACAUCAUGAAGAGGACAAAUGACUUGAAUCCUAAUCGAAACAGCCCUAAACGCGUCAUGGCAUUUCAAGAAUUGCAAUUCAGCGACAUUCUGGGUACGUCAAGAGUUGAUGAACCCCAACAGGCAGUUGUGGAAAACCAACUGAGCGAAACAGCUCUGGCUGAAGAAAACAGCAGUAUUUUAGAUCGAAAUAGGGCACUUCUACAGUAUAUCGCAACAAUUUCUAACUCUAACAAUGCAAAGGAUGAAUUCAACUACGAAUUCAUACGUUCCCUUGUUGAAGGAGGAGCGAACAUCAACAUUGCAGACGUGAAUGGACAGACAAUUUUCCAUGAGGUUGCUCGCUCCUGGAAUACAGACAUUGCUGAGUUCCUCAUCGAUUUGGGUUGUGAUAUCAACAAGCAAGAUUCAUACGGACGGAGUGCCUUGCACGUCUCUGCGGCUGUAGAUUUUGUGGAAAUGACCGAGUUUCUACUCGACAAUAACGCGGACAUUGAUGUGAGAACGUACGGUGAGCUUCAGGCUCCCAUACAUUAUGCGGCAAAAAACGGCGCUACUCGUGCAUUGAAAAUGCUGUUGAGUUUUCAGGCAAAUAUCGAUACGACUGAUGCAAAACAGCGAACUCCGUUGCAGGUGGCUGCAGAAUGGUGUCAAAGUAAAACGGCCAAAAUUCUUAUUACCGAAGGAGCAGCAUGUUGCUUACUUGACGUAACAGGGAACUCGCCUUUAUGUGAACUUAUUGAUCAUCUGCCAAACCUGGCAGUUGAAGCACUCGAUCAACUACAUUCAACGAACGUUUUAACAAUGGAGGAAUUCUACCAUCUCCAGCAUCUGGAAUCAUCGAAGGAGAAAGUUGAAACAAAAUCAACAAGAACAGCUCUGGAAACAGCUGUUGCUACACUUAACUAUGAAGUUGUUACGCAUCCCGUCAUGCAAAGGCUUAUACAAAUCAAAUGGGAUCAGUAUGGUCGGUUCUCAAACAUGUACCAACUGAUUUUUCAUACAAUUUUUGGCAUCGCAUGGACAGCAGUUGCCAUUGGUACACCAGAAAAUAGUGAUAAUCUUUACAAAGACAUAACAGCAAAAGUAUGGAGGAUAACUCUUGGUGUAAUGAUAAUCCUUAUGACUGUUUACGAUAUCGGAAUGCAAAUUUAUAAAACGUAUAAAGCGCGAAAAUUACAAAAAAGAUGGAUUGAUUGGAAAAUAACGAAGUUGCAGUAUGAUCUUGAUCACUGUCAUCCAAGAUGGCCUCAAGAAGAGAGAUUUGUUAAAAACGAGAUGACAAGAGUCCGCAACCUUACUCUAUUUAAUGCUAACGACGCUUGGUUCUAUUUGGAUUGGAUGGUUCUAUUUCUCAUCGUCAUAAACAUCAUCACGCAUUUUCUGUUUUUGAGAAUCAACACAAGCGCCUCGCGAUAUGUUUAUACGCGUGUAUUGAGCAUCAUGAAUCUAUUCGUUUGGCUUCGUUUGCUCAAAUUUACGCGACCAAUUCGAGGCAUCGGCACACUGGUGCUUAUUCUAUCGGAAACGAUGGGCGACUUUGUGAAUUGGGCUUUUUUGUACAUUAUAAUCAUGGUUCCAUUUACCGCUUCAUUUUGGAUAAAUUUCGGCGCAUCGUCUCCGCACCCCGUCCGCGGUUACGACCAAACAGCAGAUUUGAUUUAUAGCGUUUUUCAGAUCGCUAUCGGGGACAAUUUCAAUCGUCAGGGUCUGGAAACUGCCGACAAAAGUAUAGCCUACAUACUUCUUGUAAUGUAUGUGACUUCAAUGACCAUCGUCACGCUAAAUUUAUUGAUAGCCCUUCUGUCCGAAACAUUUAGCCGAGUAUACAGCAAUGCAGUAGCAAACUCUAUCAUGCAAAGGGCGAUGAACAUCAUCGAGUCUGAAAGAUACCUGACAAGAAAACAAAAACAAAAACACAGGGAUUACAUGAAACAACACUGCAGUCCCGAGGUCCAUAGAAUUCAGCAAAUUACGAGCAUCGAGAAGAAUGAAGACGUGCGCGAACAGCAAAAUGAGAUUGGCGAGGCCGUGAUGGAAGCCCAUCAAGUAUUAAACGACCGUUUCGGUAAAAUAUAUGGAAAGGACAAAACUUCCGAUUUUGAUGCGCUCAUGGUAGACCUCAGAAAUACGUGCCGUGUGGCCGACAAAAUGUUCGAUGAUCUUCAAGCCAUAAAAAUGUUGCUAAAUCGUCGAUCGUCUACAGCAUCAAAACGUAAAGCCAAACCUCCCAAGAAAGUUGAAUCAAGAAGCGUCACUACAUCAUUACAAGAGUAUUUACCAGAAUGGAUGACGAGAAAAACCGAAGAGAAACCGAAAGGAAACCGACGAAAGAACGACCGUAAAAGCGGCUCACAGUCGGAUGAAGUUGAUGAUGGAAAAACGAAACGUCGAAGAGUCAGAAAACGUGAGCAAAAGAAACGACCAAUUGAACAAGAAGAAGCCUCAAAAUCACGACGACGUGGAAAACGAGAUGAAAGAAAAGAGAAUUUAGAAGAUCGGGGUAACGUGAAACCAGCAUACGAGUUUGAUCUCAGCAAAAAUGAACGGGAUUUACAAUUGCCAUAUGUGAAGGACUGGGAUGCAGUGAGUAUUGAUUCCUCUGAUUCAGAAUCAGCCUUAUGAUCUAUUGACGAUCGUUCCAUUAACUUGAAUUAAAAUUUUUGUAUGCUAUGACAUGUGUAGUUUGCUUAGCAACAUGAAGCAUCGAAGCAUCUACCUUAGAAAAAAAUAUAGCUAGUCAGUCCAUCUUAACAGCAAUACUUUUCACACUUACGAUAUGCAAUGUUGCAAAAUAGAACUUUUAUUUUGUUUUUUUUUGAAUGUAACUAAUAACGUACGAGUGGUGAAAGGCGUUUGCUUCAUUAUGUUUUGUUGUUGUCCUAUGUUUUACAGUUAAGAAAUAAAACAUGUUUACUGUGUUUGCACGGGCCUUUCCAAAUCGAGGAGAACUUUGGGAGAACUCAAGAGUAGAUUAAUGCAAGACCAAGACCAAAGGUCGAGGGUUGCACCUGUUCGAGAGUUCUCACAAACGUCGCCGAGGUUUGUAUAAGCCAGUUCAAACACGAAAAACAUCGUUAAUUUCUUUCAUAAAACAACAAUAAUGCAAAACAGACAAAUUUGAAACAAACAUUUUAAAUUUUCCACCAACACGUUUUCAUGAUUGAUUUGCAAAUUCUCUUUGAUUGAUUGAUCGAUUGAUUUAAUUAAUCGAGCUUAGAUUUGUUUGCACAGGCUAAUGCAAACACAGCUAUGUUCUAAACUUCCGUCAAACAGGUAUUCCUGAUUGAUUUGCAAAUUCUAUUUGACUGAUCGAUUUAUUUAAUUUGUUGAGCUCAGAUUUGUUUGCAUAGGAUAAUGAGAAAACACAGCUACAGACCAAUCAGCGCACGCGUUUAAUUGUUUUUAUUUUAUAAACAUUGUUGGUCAACAAUAUCUGUAAAACAUAGACGUAUAGUAUAACUUCGCUACAUUAGCUCAAGUAUUCAUGUCUUGUGACAACAGUUUUAAGCGUUCACCUUCAACUAAUAAAACCUGGUUACAAAUGACAAGUCAAA